UGUAGGAGAAGAGGUAUCGGGUGUAUCGCCAAAAGCCCAUACAACGAGAGAAAGAGUCUUAGCUGUGAUGACAGAGGAUAAAUACCAAGUUGUAUUUUUGGAUACUCCAGGAGUGAUUGCUGAUCCCAAAAUUGCCAGAAGAAAUAGUGAGCUAGCAAGCGUAGCAUGGCGGUCUUUGGAUGAGGCAGAACAUUGUAGAUGAUGGUAAUCGUAAGCGCAAAGCGAGCGCUUCAACCUCAAGCUCGUGCUGCAGAAGAAUACAUUUUGAAGCAAUUAUCAAACAUACAAAUACCAGCCACAUUAAUUUUUAAUAAGAUGGAUCUUGUGAAAGACGAACGUAAUUUACUAGAACCUGUUGUGAAUCGGUACCUGGCAGGUUACAAACACUUUACAAGGACAUUAUAUGUUUCUGCACUAUUUAAUGAUGGAUUGAUGACAGUUAAGGAUACAUUAUGUUCAAAGGCUUUGCCAGCUCCAUGGCUUUAUCCGCCCACUCAAACAUCAGAAAUGGCUCCCUUAAAACGUGUUGAAGAUAUUAUUCGUGUGGAGUUUUUCAAACGGCUCAACUACUACCUUCCAUACAGCUUGAAACAAGAAAAUGCAGUUUGGAUGGAAAAUGAAAAAGACGGAUCUCUCAUGAUAACUCAGAAUAUUUACGUUGAACGCGACAGUCAGCAAAAAAUUAUUAUUGGAGCCAAAGGUCGCAUUAUCACUGCCGUAAUUCACGAAGCACGACAAAAAAUAGCAAAUGCUUUGAAAAAACCGAAAGUGCAAUUGUUUAUUAAAAUCAAAACAAGAAAAAGGCAAUAAUAUUAUUAUAAGGUGAUGAGUAGUAUUGGUAUUUGAAGUAAAAAUGAA